AUGGUGUAUAUGGAGGUGGUGGCUCUUGGGAGUAACUGUGUUGGAAUUGGGGUGGUUCUGUGUAUGGCUCGUAUGGCUCAUAAGGCUCUUGGUAUGGUGACCAAGCAGGUCUUCGAAGCUUUCCAAGGAAGGCUGAAGGUUGUCGGCAGAGUAGGUGUCGGCAUUGUCAAUGAUCUUCAAGCUGCAACCAAGUACCGCUGCCUUGUAGUCAACGCCCCCACCGCCAACACCAUUGCGGCUACUAAGCAUGGUGCUCUCCUUGCUGCAAUAGCAAGGAACAUUCCCCAAGCCGAUGCCUCCAUCAAAGCCGGGAAAUGGCAAAGAAACAAGUAUGUGGGAGUAUCGAUGGUUGGGAAGACGUUAGCAGUGAUGGGGAAGACAUUAGCGUUUGAAAAAGUUGGAUCUAAGGUGGCGAGGCGAGCGAAAGGGUUGAAAAUGAAUGUGAUUGCACAUGAUCCUUAUGCCCCGGUGAAUAGGGUCUGUGCUGUUGGGGUGAAAUUGGUAUCAUUUGAUAUGGCCAUCGCCGCCGCAGACUUCAUCUCUUUGCACAUGUUGCUUAUUGCAACUACUAAGAAGAUCUUCAAUGACGCCACUUUUGCAAAGAUGAAGAAAGGAGUCCGCAUCAUCAAUGUUGCUAGAGGUGGUGUAAUCGAUGAAGAUGCCUUGGUCAAAGCCCUUGACGCCGGAGCAGUUGUCCAGGCCGCACUCGACGUCUUCGUGGAGGAUCCCCCACCGAGAGAUAACAUGCUAGUGAAACACGAACACGUAGUGGUGACGUCUCAUUUGGAAGCCAGCACAAAAGAGGUACAGGAGGGUGUGGCAAUUGAGAUAGUAGAGGUUGUUGUUGGAGCACUGAGGGGGAAGCUGUCGGCAACUGCAAUGAAUGCUCCCAUGGUUGCUCCUAAGGUGUUGUUAGAGCUGGCUCCAUCAAAAUCAAUUGUCAACAUUGUGAAUGUGGACUUCACCGCCAAGGAGAAGGGGCUCCGCAUAAGCGAGGAGAGGAUAUCGGUUGACUUUGCGAAGCUGCCCCUGGAUUCCAUUCAGGUUCAGAUCUCAAAUGUCGAGUCCAAAUUCGGUAGACAGAGAUUCUCUCGCACGAGCCCUUCCGGCGCUACUCGCAUCGCAUUGCUCCCUUCGUCACCAUCGUCGCAGAGCCCUCUCCGCCGCUUUCGUCGCGCGUCUGCCCCCUUCAUCGCCAUCGUCGCAGUGCUCUCUCCGCCACACAGGUUCAUGAGUUUAUAUUCUAGUAGUGGUGGUGCAGCUUCUAGUAGUGGUCAUCAUCAACAUCAACAUCAACAUCAUCAAGUAGUUGAAGAGGUUUCAGUGCAAAGGGUGAAGAAGGAGGAGGUUAAUGCAAAGAUAUCAGCAUGGCAGAACAAUAAGAUUGCAAUGAUUAACAACAGAUUCAAGAGAAAAGAUGCUGUCAUCGAAGGCUGGGAGAGUGAGCAGGUUUAGAAGGAUACUUCUUGCAUGAAGGAAG